AUGAUGAUGGCCGUCUUCCAGACAAACAUUGCCACGCCUCUCUACAGCGAGGCCUGGACGCCUAGCAACACCGGCGCCUACGCAGGCACAUGCAUCUUUCUGAUCGUCCUGGCCGUCAUUCUGCGGGCACUCAUCGCAGUCAAGGCGAUCCAGGAGCAGCGCUGGCUGGACGCCGAGCUCAAGCGCCGCUACGUCGUCGUCAACGGCAAGCUUCCGCUGUCCGAGCAGGUGUCCCGCGACAGCCUGGCCAAGCGCAUGGUCUUGACGGAGAACGGCGUCGAAGAGGAAGUCAUGGUCGUGGGAAAGAAGCACGUCCACCCCCGCCCCUGGCGCAUGUCUGUCGAUCCGCUGCGCGCUGUUGUCGAUACCCUCAUUGUUGGAGUUGGCUACCUACUCAUGUUGGGAGUCAUGACGAUGAACGUGGGCUACUUUAUGUCUAUUCUCGGCGGUACAUUCCUGGGCAGCCUGGUGCUGGGCCGGUUCAACCUGUGGAGCGAGCAUUGA